AUGCCCAAAGGCAGCCCAAGGAAACUCAUUACAAGUCAGGGCGUAAGUGGCAACUUGGACAAGGUGCCCUGAAGAGUGGGAAUCCUCUCAAGUGGAGGAUCUGAUUGUCACAGCCGCAAACCCGAUUAGAUUCUUCUUUGUCAGGCAUUCACAGGAAGGGGAGCCACAGAGAGCUUGUGCACAGGAGAGAGCUUUUUCCUGUGGAGUUGCAUGAGCGUGGGGGUGUGUGUGUGGGGGGGAAUCCUUGACACAGGAGAAAUGUGAAAUUGCCCUGCCUCAAAGAAGGCAUCGUGCUGAGUAGAAAUGAAUGAGGAAUUGGAGCAACAAAGAAAGCCUAAAGAAAUAGAUGGGAUAGCUCAGCUGGUAGAGCAUAAGACUUAAUCUUAGGAUUGUGGGUUCGAACCCCACGUUGGGCAAAAGUUUCCUGCAUUCCAUGGGGUUGGACUAGAUGACCCUUGUGCUGCUUCCAAGUCUACAAUUCUAUGAUUCUCUUAAUGUUGUGCAACCUUAUUUCUGUUUUGUUCCUCCAAGGAAGGGUCCCCCUUCCCUUCCCUUCCCUUCCCUUCCCUUCCUGUUCUGCUCAGGAAUACUGUCUUCCUGGUGUGAUCAGCUCCAUCCUGACUCUGGGAACAGAGGACCUUUCUGGCUGACCCUUUCCCUUCCUCUGUGAAGGCGGCUUGUUUCGGCUGCUCCACCCAAAGACCUUCCUGGAGCUGAGUGGGAGAAGGAGGCAGCUUGCCUUGAAGGGCACGUGGGGGGCGUUCUGGAAGGAACCUCCCCAAUUCAGAAACACCCCUCCAUGGCUGAGGCCUUAUCACUUUUAUUCAUGUAAUAGAGAUGAAGUCGCCCAGCCUCUCAGGAGCAUCCAUCUAGAGAUUUAUUAACCAAUUUAAAAUACUAUUGUCUUUCACUUCAGUGUGAGAUUGAGGUGUGUUGUCGGAGGAAUAUAAAGCUACAAUCAGUGAGGCGCCGUGCAGCCAGACGCCACUACCUGGAACUCAAUAGAUAUUCAUGAACACUCCCGUAUUUAGUGAAGGAAAUAACUUAAUGCCGACAGAGUCGAUGGAAUAAUAGCCGUUUCCUGGCUGACUUGCAGCCCUCAGAAAAUGAGAUUGCACCUGCCUUCAUUUUUCUUGUCUUUUUCUGGGUUUCUUGCAGCAGAAUGCGCCACUGGAGGGAAAUGUGCCACGCAUUCCUAAUGAGCUGCAGGGACAGGCGGCGGCAGCCUGCCCUUCCUGCUCCAGUCUUGCAGGAGCCUCUGCUGGGCACGCCCCUCUCCCCUCCUCCUCCGCCACCAGGUAGGGUUCAUUUCAUGCUUGCUUAGAUUAUGAAUACUCUCAAAGGCAAUUUCCUCAUCUUUCUUGCCCUCCACCUCUGCUCUGCCCACCUCUGCCCGCCUUUCUACUCCCAUCAAAUUCCCUACACUCUUCCAUGCAGGCAGCCACAGAUAAUCCCCUGCUCAUUUCAGUGGGACCCGCCCAGGCAUAACCGGGUGGCAGCCUUGGAGUCAAGGAGGGAACCUUUGUAUCAAAUUGGUUUGCAUCUAGGAAUCAUUUGCUUGUGGGUUGUGGGAGCAGGCCUGUCUUGUGGGGGACGGCUUAGACACAGCAAAUUGGAGAGAGCUUCUUUCUUGUUCUCUGUAUUACCUGCCAUUUCCCAAUUGUAUGGAUCUCAAUGGCAUUAAGUUGCCCAGGGGAGUCUGACAGGUUGGCUGGAAAGGGUGUGCCGCUGGCAGAAGCCUCAUGAGGAGCAGGAGGGGCCCAUUCAGGAGGGGCCAAUUCAGCAUUUUGCCGCUGUUCUUUUCUCCUUACUAACAAAAAAGAUUAUAGUAGGCAGUGAUGCUGCCCAGCAGCUCCCUGGUAAAAGGGAAACAAUCUAAGAAGGACCAGUUUAUGCCCUCUGCAGACCACAUGAAACAGCUUUCCCAGGCAAGACCAGUUUGCUGCGCACUGGGGGAGAUGUGUAUCUGCAUGUUCUGGGCAGAGUCUCUCCGCGCAGGGGAAAAGAGCACACAAGGAGAAGUGCCGGCUCAAUCCUUCCACGUUUCUAUCUACAGGAAAGAGAUUCCUCUGUAG